AUGGGAGAUAGUCACGAUAUAAGGAUUAAAUCGCAGCCAAUCACAGCUGUCACUGAGCAGACAAGCCAAAUCCAUUACCAGCAAUCCAGCUUCCCCGCCAUUCUCACAAAUCCAAAGCUUACACAGCUCCGUGGCGAGUACAUCAACAACACACACAAAUCAAAGAGUGACGGUUAUAUCGGAAAGCGGCGUAGAUACAUCCAAGAGCGCGAUUCUACCCUCACCAGCAGAGCUAAAGGCGCUGAAAGGGAUGAUGCAUCUGCGCCAGUGCACUCCUACAAAUCUACCUUCCCUUCUCCUCUCCCACCUUCGCUCUUGCCUCGCAAUCAGCCUGUUCCUUCGUCCACAACCGCCCGCGGCCGAUCACAGCGUAAAUCGCCUGCUGCAGGUGACGAAGGCUCCUUCUACGUAAGCUUGAAAGGCAUCAGAAAAACCCUGGCUCCAAGAGGAACUGGUUCCGCCAGGGCCAGAUUCGUUGUACAGGCAACUGAGUCUGAAAUACGUCAUUGGAUACUUGGCGUCAACAGCCAUGUGGUUGUUAAUCCGGACGAUAACAUCCAUAGUCGUGGUAGAGUAAUCGAUGCCACAACCACUUGCCACGCUAAUGGCCACUUCCACGAGGAUAACGAGGAGUGCAUUGAACUACCCAGCAUUAUUGAGUUGUCACGCUCUUCAAGCAGUCUCGUUUGGCUUAUUCCGGAGAAAUUCGAAAGAUUCGUCGUACACUGUGUAGCGCGUUGGUGGGGCGUUGUUAGCUUCUCCAAGUCCAACAGCGAUGGUGAGAGAGUUACGCACCUCCUCAAACCACGCUUGCCCCUCGACAAGCAAAUCAAACAUGACGAUUUGGACACGCCACCAACGAGUGAAGUCGAUAGCGCUAGUGAGGUGGCCAGCGAGGUUGCUAGUGAGGCGGCUAGUGAUACAGCAAGCGAUCUCAACAUGACUCCUUCAGAGGCAGAGGAGAAUGUUGCUGAUCAUAGAGACGCAAGCGCGAGCGCUGCUUGGGCCGAUAUUACCGAUGAUUUACAUAACAGGGUCAACAUACAAGACAAACUCAUUAGCGAUGAUGAAAGUUCUCCAAGGGAUAGAAUAAGCAGGAGUGCAUCAACCCCAGAUAGAUCGAGCAGAGCUGUGAGAGAUAGCGAUACAGAAGAGAGUGAUGUCGAACGCACAUCCCCAAGCAUAAGCAGAACAAGUACUCCUCGCAAGCUCACACCUAAGCCUGCUACAACUCAUCCGUGGAAGCAGCCAACUGUCUCCUUUGCAGAGUAUCUCUUUGAGAGUGGUUGA